CCCUUGCCCCUAGCCUCGGAGCGCAGUCUGUAGCCGCCACCUCAGUCGCACACGCACUUCGUCCCAGCAGACGCCCGCUGCCUACAGCCAGCCGCCUGGAGCUGACGGUCCCGCAAGGCUGCCGCCGCCAGCGCUACCGAGUGAGUGAACGACGAGCGAGGGCCGGAACGCAGAGGCCCGUGGCCCCCAGGCUCGGGCUUAGGGGACCUGUUCAUCCAUGAGCUCAGAUUUCCCGCAUUACAACUUCAGGAUGCCUAACAUUGGAUUCCAGAACCUGCCUCUCAACAUAUAUAUCGUGGUUUUUGGCACUGCUAUAUUUGUCUUCAUCCUAAGUUUGCUCUUCUGUUGCUACUUGAUUAGGCUAAGACAUCAAGCACACAAAGAAUUUUAUGCCUACAAACAGGUUAUAUUAAAAGAGAAAGUAAAAGAAUUGAAUUUACAUGAGCUCUGUGCCGUGUGCCUAGAAGACUUCAAGCCUCGAGAUGAGUUGGGGAUUUGUCCGUGUAAGCAUGCCUUCCACAGAAAGUGCCUUAUUAAGUGGCUGGAGGUUCGGAAAGUGUGUCCACUGUGCAACAUGCCAGUUCUGCAGCUGGCCCAGUUGCACAGUAAGCAGGACCACGGACCCCCACAGGGACCCCUUCCCGGGGCAGAGAACAUUGUGUAAGCUCACCACAAGGAUCAAACGGUUGCGGGAUCCCAUGUCCGCAUUGAAGCGGGAGGAACACAAGUGUUCUCUGUGUUGGCUGCUCUACCUGGGGCACCAGCUGCCACUUCCUUUGUCUCAUGAAGAACUCUUGGGCCAACUAAGCUGAGAACCCAGACUUCUGGGUCUUGUGACAACCAAAGCACGCUGACACUACCCCACGUCAAGAGAAGUUGAAUGAGCCUGCGGGUUUCAAGAAACUUCAUGAGUCUCUUGCUGACUCAAUUACACGCUGUCUCCCAGACACUUAUCUCCACGUAAGGUGAAUCUUUCUCAAGCAAGAGGGAAGAUAAACACAAAUAUUAGAGAAGGGAACUGAGAGCAGGUCUUUAAAGCCACCAACCCCCACCCUGUGGACAGAUGAGCUUCUAUGCAGACUGUGCAUGCCUUAGCCGCAGCAAACCUUCCUGGCAGCCCCUGAGCCAAGUAAAACCAGCGGUUACCUCAGCCGAAGCAUGACCGGUUGCCUGGUUGGUGAGGCAGUGCCAACGAGGCUUUCCUCUUACGUUCCUUUGAUAAGGCCAUCUUGGAACCUGCCAUUUCUUCUUCUUUUCCCACCCCCACUUCAUCAGUGAGGCAGGGCCACACUGCCCAUCAGGAGCCUCAGCAGGGGGUGGGUCUCUGAGCCCAUGCUGUCUCUGUGUGACCCAGGGUUCUCAGAGUGCUGCCCACACCCCCCCAUGUGAGGUGUGGCUCCAGCACAGCUGCUGGUCUUGACCCACUGCCUUGGUAGGAGCCACUGGGAGCCCCUCAGACAGCUAAGAAUGGCUAGUCCUCCUGGCCCUGUUGCAAUAGGAUGAUUGUGACCCCCUUGCCUUUCCCCUUGUUCCUUCCCUUUGUUCGCUUCCCUCUCUUGCCCCAUCUGUUUCUGCUUCAGAGAAAAUGCCCGUUAUCGACCUAACAAUUUAAAGCAUCCCAAAUAAGAUCCCCCUGUUCUUCCUUACACAGGGAUCCACUUGAAAUUGUAAAUAGUAUCAGGAAGCUCCUGCAGGGCUGUUAGCUCAUUGGUGUGUGCCUCAGUAUUCAGACUUGUGAAAGCUGAAAGUGUCUUUAUAGGAGAGCAAUGCAUGCUAUUCUUCGGCUCUUUCUGUCCAACUUUUCUAGAAAUGACUCAGAGUCCGUUAGGAUUCAUGAAUGUUGUGUAAAUUAGCUAAGAACUUUCUAGUUCUUUUCCUCAGUCCUGUUCUCCACCUCCUCCUUUUGGAAGGAUGGGCUCCUCCUCAGCAGCUUUGCCUCUGCUCCCUCAGUGGUGUGAGUGGGGCAGUUGCUCACUAGAAAUACCACCUGCAUGGCAGAGAGAGGAUGGAGGAAGCUUUGCAAUUCUGUUCGUAGCAUGUCUCCAGGAAUGUUUUCUGGAAUCCAGCCUGUACUGUCCUAGAAUGGGGAAGGGAACCUGGUGGCUGGGGUUAAAGGAUGAGGAAAAUUCCCAUUAGCCUAGAAAAGUGCUGGGCAGAAUCCAGUUUGGAAAAUUACAAAUCCAGUUGGCUCGAAUUGGCUGUUCCCUGUGUGUGACCUGUCGUAUGGUAUUCCUAUGGCAUGCCAACUGGACUGUUUCUUAAACAGAGCAAGGAAAGUGUAAAAUAUUUUUAUAUGAAAGCCUUAGCCUGUUUGGCACCCAUGAAAAGAACUAUUUGUACACUCAGACUUUCAUCCUGUUUCUGCAUUCUGUUUGUAGCACAAUAGAGCUGAAUGCUGCAAAGCAUCCAGUUUACAGUGAAAUGUUUUCAGUGACCAGUGUCAGAAGGCUUGCUUCUGGACUAGCCCCAUUAGUGACCAACACCCACCAUUUUCCAUGAAAUGGCCAUGGGACAAAUGUCAUCUUGUCUUUACGAGGUUUGAAUAGGAAAGAGAACUUUUCCCCUCAGAGGAGGAAUGCUUGUGCUCUGUGCUGCAAAGUGUUUCGACUCCAUUUUUGUAGGAUUAUAGCCUUUCAGUUGCAGCUUUUUCCACAGCGGUGUCAGUACCAAGGAGACAGUGCCUCACCAAGUCCCUGUGUUUGUAGGGUGGCAAGCGAGUUCAUUUUAUUGUGUCACAGCUAAAAGCAAAUUGAUGUGGUUGGUGCACACUGGACCAGAGGAGGAAAGCCAGAUAGUUUGAAGAAGAGCUCGAGAGUGCUGUGCACUCUCCAUUUGGCACCGUUUUGCACCGUGAGGUGCCACCACCAUGACCUCAACACUUGUGAAUAUGGAGGGCUUUUAAAAUGCAGCUCUUCCACUAGGAUGGGGCUGGACACUGGAGUGCCAACUGCCCUCUCUGCUCAUAGUUAUCCCCUUUCUUGGCUUGGUGUCCUACCACAGCAUGGCCGUUCACUUGACAAUAGCUCCUGCAACUCUUAGAACACAAUCUGAAUGCAUUUGCCACCCACGUUGGGGUCUUCCUCCAGCACUUACCUGUGCUGCACUGCUACAACUGCAUGUGGGGUUAUUUACAUCCUCCUUACAUUCUGAUGAAAACCAGUUUUGUGUGACAGACAAGGUUAAAUUUCUAUGUGGACUCUUUAAGGAGUCAAGGAUUUCUUGAUACCCUUGGCUCAGGCUCACACCUCAGUGAAGCCACUCUGUCCAAAUCUGUCCAAGUUGUGGGUGGCCCAUUGUUAAUCUUUAGACACAUGGAGGCUCUGGUCUGCUUUUGGGCCACUGGCUACUGACAUGGUGACUUUUUUGUCUAAACGCACCUUAAGCAGCUCCAAAAUUAGAUGUUAUUUGUGUGCCAUGGGUUAGUGGAACAGAGCUCAGCCCCAACUGGUUUCCACUGGUGGCCCAAUCGUUAUCUAAUGUUGCCAGGGGCACAACUGAAUGCAGCGGGCUUUAGAAACAGACCAAAACCAGCCCGACUAGAUUCCUGGUUUUUGUCUGCCAUUUUACUUUGCCACCGGAUGAUCUGAUUACGCCUGCUCCAGAAGCCGGACAAGACAGAAAUGGCCAAAUGGACAACGGUGGCCCAUGGGGAGGUCUGGGCUGAGGGAUGCAGGGGACCUCCCACCACGGCCUGAUACCUGUUCUUCACAGGUCUUGACAAGUGAAAAGCUCUCCUCAGUGCCAAGCCCUUUGGAGCCUUGAUCUCAGGCACUUUCCACGGCCCCACUCCAGUGUGUCAUCUCCAUGGCCUGAUCCCACUCUGCUCAGCUAAUGACUAUAGUAAUUACUUUUUUGAGGGGCUUUCUGGGAAUUAUGAAGUGCAGAGAGGUAUCCCCAGAGCACUGGACAGAAAAAAAUAAUGAGUGAUUUGAAUCAUCUAUCACUUACCCAAGGUGCCUCCCUACCAGUUAGCUCUCAGCCUGUUUCCAUAUCCAUCACCCAGGGAUUGUAAUGGUAUUUUUACUGGCUCUUUGCAAGGAUUAGCUGUGUCCAGAGCCUGGAAGAUGACAAGUCUGCAGGUCAUUUGGGGAGGGGGCAGGGAGUCCUUUGUUGUCCCAGGUCUGCUGGCUCCCUCCUCCUUCCCCUUCCUGAUGUUUCCUGGUCACCUCCACCUGGAUCACCCAGUGCUCGGAUUUGCUUACUGCCGAAUGACUUUUUAAACUUGAGUAUGCAAUCCCUUUACAUGGUUCAUAAAUCAGUUCGUCUUCCUUGAAUCCCUGACCUUCAGCAAACCGAGCUUCUUGCCCCUGGAGAAUCAUUUUGUUCCUCACGUAUCAUUCCAGAGUUGCUCAUUUAUGUAUAUACGAGCAACACUUGCGUAUGCGUGUGUAAUUUUUCUUUCUCCCUCAUGUGAUAACCAGAGUAUAUUCAAGGAGCAUUCCUAUUCAUGUGGGAAGAGCUGUACCAUAAGUCCAAAUGUCUGUAAACGAUGAGCCCAGAAGUGGUGGGUGAUUUUGUAAUCACAUUCCUUUUGAAUAAGCAUUUUUGAUUGCAGCACACUGGAAUGGUUUUCUAUACAAAAAUCAGUAACUGCAAUCCCUCCCUGACCUUCACCACAAAUUUCCAGACAUGGGAGCACAACCAGUCUCCAGAUUUCUGAUCUGUGACAGGCCUCUCAUCGGGGUCCAACAGCUUUGCAGCCACCUGGACAGGCCACCCCCACUCCAUCUUGGCCAAUUCCAAGUGAUGCCUGAGUCCAGCAGUGAUGUCUGUUAACUCUUGCUUUCUUAGGUGGGCACCCACGUUUUUGAGGCAGCAGUUUGAGCAGCAGCAACUGAAGGCCGCAGCACCUAUUUUGUGGGGCAGAUGUCUCAGGUGUUGCGAAGUAGCUGGUCCAUCUCAGAAUCAAUCAGAUGUUCAGGUACAUGGCUGGGCUUCCUUUCCUUCCCCACUCUAUGAACAUCC